AUGAAAAUCUGCAAAUCGAUCAACUUCAUAGCAUGGAAUGAAACUUGUCAGAUAAAUUAUGCUGAACCCGACGGAAAUGUAGAUAGACUUAUCCAGAGUGUUGGAAAUAGCUUUGUUGCGACGUCUACUAUUCCAGAGGAGAUAGCUGGUUCAUGUAAAGGUCAUGAUUGCAAGGUCAAUGAAGUAUGUAUUCCAAAAAGUCAGAAUUACAUAUGCGUUCCAUUGAUAGAAGGCUUUGCUGAAAGGGGGAAACUAUUCGUAAACGAAGUGCAAUUUUAUGUAUUGAAUAUUGAUGUAGGAGUAGGAUGUCUCGUGUCUCAUGGCAAGCAGACUGGCCAGAGUACUCCCUAUGGCUGCCCAAGCUCAUUGACGUGUGGAGCAGGAGCCGGGGUUGAUGGAAUUAAAACCACUACCAACAUGUUUCAUACGAAUGAUGAACUCGAACCUUUCUGGUGGGUCAAUCUAGGAGAAGUGUAUGAGGUUCAAAAGGUGGUCAGUACGAACCGGAUAGAUUGCUGUGGUGAAAGAAUCGGUAAAAUGCUUGUUCAUGUCGGCAAAAGCUUAGACACAUCUAAAAUGGAACUGUGUGGGCAGUUUAUAGGUCCGGCCGUGACAGGACAGGUCAUUGUUACACCUUGUAUCACAUUUCCGAAAGGACAAUGGGUAAAAUUAACGAGUGUCAAUGCCGUACCAGUGGCAUUUCAUAUUGUUGAAGUUGAAGUGUAUGGUGUACUUGACAUUAUUUAA